GUAUGGGACCCAUUAAUGAGCCAAAACCAACCAACGGUGUUGAUAGGCUUAAAGUCGAAAAGACAUGACUACCAAUCUCUGAUCUCUCAAAUCACGCCUACCUCUCUUUGUUCUCUUUUGCUCUCUUCUUCUCCAUCGUCAGAUCGUCUCCCUCAACAAAAACAAUUCCACCAAUCCCAUUCGCUCGCUCUCUCUCUUAUUUCUUCUCCGCGCGCCAAAUACAAAACCGGUAUCUCUCGAUAUAUACAGGGUUUGGGUGAGAUGGCGGAUGGGCCAACAAGUCCGGCUGGAGGGAGCCACGAAAGUGGGGGUGAGCAGAGCCCGCACUCAGGGGUGCGUGAGCAGGACAGGUACCUUCCGAUUGCGAACAUAAGCCGGAUCAUGAAGAAGGCUUUGCCAGCAAAUGGAAAGAUCGCCAAGGAUGCAAAGGACACAGUGCAGGAAUGUGUCUCAGAGUUCAUCAGCUUCAUAACUAGCGAGGCUAGUGACAAGUGCCAGAAAGAGAAGAGAAAGACAAUAAAUGGGGAUGAUUUAUUGUGGGCAAUGGCAACAUUGGGUUUUGAGGAGUAUAUUGAGCCACUUAAGGUGUACCUAGCUAGGUACAGGGAGUUGGAGGGUGACACCAAGGGAUCAGCUAGGGGUGGAGAUGGAUCUACUAAGAGGGAUUCAGCUGGUGCAAUGCCUGUUCAAAAUCAACAGUAUGCUCUUCAGGGGUCAAUGAACUAUCAGGCACAAGGACAGCAUAUGAUCGUUCCUUCCAUGCAUGGCAAUGAGUGAGCAGGCUCUAACUGUGCUUUUGCCAAUUUUAUGAAGUCCCAGGUCUCUUAUUUAGUUUCAGCUCUAAUACUAAGUUUCAUGCGGAUUUAUUUGGCUUUGGUCUGAAAUGCUAUAUGUUUUGGGGUUUUUAAUCUUUAUUUUUUUGGAGUCAAAUUUCUGAAUUAUUUAUUGUCCUUGUUCAAUAGUGCAGUUUUAAUUGGGUCUUUGUAGGCUCUGUAUAUUCAUUCCCCUUAAUUGAAUAUGUACUCGAAGAAAUUAUAUAAUGAUUGACGCAUUUGAGUUUAUACCUCGA